AUGCCGCGCGCUUGUUUGAGACUGUUCGAUCACACUGGUGCUCACACUUCUCGACACCGUCGAUGGGUCGAGGAGCACGGCUCGAGCCGAGAUAAGAUCUCUGGAGUGGGCAGUAUCACGACGGAUCAGGGUCGAACUAGACCCCUGGACGAGUCUAUUUCCGCUAUGAAGUCAUUGAAGGCAUGGGUGGUCCAGAUGCUCAACGAAUCACGGAUUUCGGCUUGCUUGGGCGGGACGAAUCCCCGAAAGCGGCUCACCACGUCUAACCGAGAUUACCUGUUGUCUUCAAAUUAUCAAGGCCGGCUCCACAAGAAGCACGCCUCCUUCCUUUGGCGUCUGCUGCGCCAAUCUUCCGCUAGAUCAGCGGUGCUAUGUGCUGGGAUGAAGCAUGCUUUCUCUGAUUGUAGUGUGCAAUUAUCCCCCCUUGCAUCAGUCGUUGCCGAUUCUGUUCGCAUGGUGAAUUGUCGGGCUAGUUUGCUUCGUGAUGGGGAUGCGGACGAGGGUGAGAGUAUUGGUUGGGGUUGCAACGCAGAGAACGCCUGA